AUGGGUGGAACAGAUAUAGAAAAGUUCAUUAGAUCGAAUCAUAACUUUCGAGAAUCAAGACUACGAUCAUUAUAUUCUAAUUUCGAUAGACAGAAACAAUUAAAUCCUGAAGGAUUUGAUGCUAAUAUCAUCGCUUGGAAACAUCUCUUACAUGAUUUAUUAAAAUCCCAUCAAUAUCAUGAUUCAUCAUUAGUAUCAUUUCCAGUUAUUAAUCCUAACUUGAGUCAGUAUUUGAGUUUACCUAUCUAUGGACGUCCAUUGAGUCUUGGAACUGUGCUUGAUGAAUUAGUCUCCAGUUUUAUUCUUAUUCCUUAUUCGGAAUAUUCGAGGGUUAAUCAAUCAUAUUUUGAUAUUAUCAGUUCGAAUCAUUCAUUAUUGGAGUAUAUAUCACCUAAGCAUUGGAUUCAAUGGGGAUUGGAGAAUUUCGGAUUAUCUAGUCAUUUUACAUCUAUCAAUAGUAAAGGAGAACUUUAUGAUGAACGAUAUAUUUCAUGGGAGAUAUUAACUAAACUUGGAAAUGAUUUAUUAAAGUAUGUGGAACAAGAAGAGAUCAAUAAUCAUGGCAGUUAUUCAAGUAAGUUAUAUGAUAAUCAACGAUUAUAUGAUUUGGUUAAGAAGAAAGAACCCAAGUUAUCAACCCUUGAUUUUGAUAUUAUAUUGAUAUACUUCUCACGAGAUUUACAAAAAUGUAAGAUAAAAAGAGUGAAUGAGAAAGUAUAUAUUAAAUUCAUUAUGAAUGAGAUAACGGAUAGUGAUAUGGGGAUUAUAGAUUUAGAAACAUCAUUAUUUAAUAUUGAUAAGAGAAAUCGAUCGUUAAAACGUAAGAUUGAAGAUAUUGAUCAACAAAUUCAAGAAUUGAUAAGUAAUAAGAAGAUCAAAUUAGAUGAUGUAAGGGAUAGAUUAAGACAUUUUCUUCAAUUGAAGAAAAUAUUCAAUCAAUCAUUGAAUAAAGGGAUUAGUUCAUAUAGUGAGUUACAAUUAAUCUUAAUUAAGAUUAAUGAUUCUAAUCAAAAUAUUGAUAUUUAUCAACAAUUAGUUACUAGUAAUCAAAUUUUAAAGCAAUUAAAUUCGCGGAUUAAUUUUAGUGAUAUAACCGAUGUGAAGGAAGAAUUAGGGCAAGAAUUUGUUAAAUCGGAUGAGAUAUCGGAUAGGUUGAAUAUGGAAUUGAUUGUUGAUGAUUCUAGUAUUGAAGAAGAAUUACAAGAAUUAUAUAGAGAAGUUGAAGUAAGGGAUGAUAAAGAUAGGGAGAGUUUAAAUAGGGAUCAUGCAGAAGUGGUGAAUAAAUUAGGGGCCCUAACAAUAGAUGCGACUUCCCUCCCUAAAAUAAGUACCCGUACUGAGAGUGAUAAUGAACAGGGAAAACAAGCAGUAAAAGUGGGCGGAGAACCUAACAAGAAAGUGCAAUUGGAAACGACGUGA